CUAGGUGUAGAUAUUGUUAUCUGUAUUUGAGAGUGAAAUGUCCUAUGCUUAUUAUGUAUUAACAUAUUUGUAAUGAUUGAAGGAUGUCACAUGGCAUUGAAUUGAACUGAAAAGUGUUGCUCUUUUGCGGACAUGGACGAUUCAAGACAGCCGCUUUUGACCCCCAAUUUUGACAAAGAUGGUUAUCCUGUCAUGCCUAACACUCAUUGGCCUGUAAGGGAAAGAAACAAUUCGUACUUAAACACAGAGCGGAACGGUUUACCUAACAUGGAACAUGAUUCUUAUGGAAGCAUUGACAGACUGCCGUUGGGAAACGGAAACAUGGAUGACAAUGGUAGAGCUAACGUUGAUACAACCGUCUCUCUUAGAGUGGAGUACAAAGGAUUCACUCGUCACAGUUUCAUGGUUGUGCCAAUGAUUCUUCUGUAUUUUUUUAGCGCAGGGGUAAUUGGUUCACUACUCCCUCAGUACACACAGUUUUUUAAGUCAGAGGAGAUAGCAGGGCGUGACCCGGUUUACUCAAAACACAAAUUUAAUGCAUGUGCUCAUGUAAACCAUUCAGAUCCUGGAUACCAGAUAUAUGUUGAAAUCCAGCAAGAAACUGCCAAGUGGACCCUAUACUUUUCCAUUGCCUCGCUUGUCCCUUCGCUGCUCGGAAAUUUAAUAUUCAUACCGUUGUCUGAUAUUUACGGUAGAAAGUUUGUGUUCCUGUUGACAUUGAUUGGUGCUAUUGUUAAACAUGGUCUUUCAUCAUACGUUGUUUACUAUAAACUGGAUUUGAGUUAUUUCAUCAUUGGGCAGGUGUUUGACGCCAUCUCUGGGUCGUACAUGACCUUUCUAGCUAUGAUGUUUACCUACACGUGUGAUCUACUCAGCAGCGGAAAAGGUCGGACCAUUGGAAUUGUAAUGAUGGAACUCUUACUUGGCAUCAUAUUCACUGCUACUUCUUUUUUAACCGGAUACCUUUUGGAAUGGAUAGGAUUUUUCUGGCCCUUGGCACUUUCGACUUUUGUGCUAGUGCUUGCCCUGAUAUUGCUAGUCUUCUGUGUACCAGAAACGUUACCGAUUUCAAACAAACUUGCAGUGACCAAUAAAAGACCUUUUGUCAGACUGGAAGAGGUCUUUCAAAGCAUGCUAGAAGCAUUUAAGUUCUAUUUUACUCAUAAGUCAAAAUUGAAGCGACUGAAGUAUAUACUACUCAUUGGAGGAUUUACGUUCAUGUGCAUACCGUACAUGAACCGUGGGACGAUGGAGGUCUUGUAUCAGCUUGGACAGCCAUUUUGUUGGUCGGCAACUAAGAUUGGUUGGUUUUCGGCUUUCAAGAUCGGAAUAGCGGCCAUGGUGGCAAUGGUCGGCACCUUUCUGAUGCAAAAGUGCUUGGCUGAUGAUAGCAUAGCAAUGGUUGGUAUAUCAGGAGCUGUAAUAUCAUACAUCGUAGAAGGACUUGCUACGUCAGACUUCGUUUUGUACAUGGUCCCUGUGUUGACAUGCUCUUCAGGUCUUCCUAUUCCAAUGAUCCGAAGCCUUAUGUCUUCACUGACUCCUGCUGAGAAACAAGGUGCUGUAUUUGGGAGCAUCGGUGCAGUGGAGACGUUUUGCUCUCUGAUAGGAGCCCUUAGCAACAAUGUGAUCUACAUCGGAACGAUCAAGAUCAUGAAUGGAUUCGUCUUCCUCAUUAUGGGUGCCAUCACGUGCAUUGGCGUGGUCUUCAUACUAGCUUACAUGUAUGUGGCAAGGACCCGCAUUCCGGAUGAUCGACAUGAAAUAACGACAAACGAAAUCAUUGUUGAUGCUUCUUAAAUAAAGACUUAAAACGUUUAUUAAACAGUUGUGCUAACAUUUAAUGAUACCUUUAACCACUUUUUACAAAAGAACUUGUGCAACAUUUGCUAAAUAUUUGAUUCAAUAAUACAUUGACAUAUGACCACCUCUUGAAAUGUGUCACGUUUAGAAAAUUACAAAGCAUGAUCAUAUGUUUCAGUGUUCAAUAAUUUACUUUGGGAAUUAUUUCAUAUGGUAUUUCAACCACUUGUUUUUGUUAUUUAAUAAAGUAAAAAAAAUGUUGUUUAUAUAUUUUAAAGUUUUGUUGAGUUUUGAAUCGAGAAAUUUAUUUGUAUUACUCAUUAUUUUUUUAUGUAUAAAAUGAUAUUUAUUAAUGUUUUCACAUAUUUUGUCAAAUUAAAUUGUUAUGAGCGUGGUAAAAUAAGUUAUUUAAACAGAAAUCCUGUAUUGUUAUUUGUUAAUCAAUUUUGUUAUAUAUGCAGAUUUAUUGAAUGAUUUUCUUAAACAGUAACAUGAAGAAUAGUGUACAUUCUAUUAAGCAGAGAUCUAUCUGCAUAAACAACUUUGCCGAGUAGAAUUCUUUUGUUGACACGAUAAAGUGCACAGUGUUGUGUGCACAUGUUUGUGUUCAUUUUUUGUGAGUCUAGCUCAUAAUUGUUUCAUUGUUAUUAACUAAAUUGUGUUCAUAAAUGCUUAUAGUCUUUAAAUACCUUAUUGUCUGAUAUUCAAGUGCUUCAAAUGUAUUUGCGUGAUUUUGAUGCAUAUACAUUUUAAAAUUAUUUAUAUUUAAAUAUAAAUGUUAGAUUGUGUAUGCAACAGGUUGUAGGCAAUUUCUGAAGUGUAGUUAAAAAAGAAUAUCAAUAUUCCUUAUUGUUUGCAACAUCUAUCGUUACAAUAACUGAACUUGAUAAAACGUUUAUAAAAUAAGUAUAAGAGAGAUAUUGAGUUCAUGAGACUAAAUUAAAAUAUGUUGUAUUUAUUCAAAAAAAUAUAUAGGUACAUUCUUAUAAAAGAGUUGUUUUUUUUCAAUUAUAAAUACAUGUUAUUUUAAAUAUUUUAAUUUGGUUGUCACAAAUUAAUGUUAUUGUUAACACAUUUAAUGUUUUAUUCGCAAAAUGCUUUAUUUCUAUGCACAUAUAAUUUAGAAUUUUCAUAUAUUCUUAUUUGCACAACUGCUGAAGUGGAUCUCACUGCUAUAUAAUUCCAGUGUUAUUUGUACAGGUGUUUUAGGCUUUAUUAUUAUUUGCUAUAUUUCUAUGCACAUAUACUUUAGAAUUUUCAUAUAUUCUUAUGUACACAACUGCUGAAGUGGAUCUCACUGCUAUAUAAUUCCAGUGUUAUUUGUACAGGUGUUUUAGGCUUAAUUAAUUUUUUUUGCGGGCACAUUUAAUUUGUAUAUUUUGUUGUCAUGUGAUACAUUUAAAAAAACAUUUGCUCAAAAUCCAUAUAUUACAAUUCUCACUAAAUUUUUUAUUUUUGGUUGUUUUUUACAUGUUUGCAACCAAAUGUUUACCUGGGUAGCUUGAAAAACCACAUAAUUAUUUCAAUAAAUUGGCCAUCUUGAUUGGUUUUGAAAUGCAUUUUUUGUUAAUUAUUAGUCGUGAAAGUACUCUUUAUUGUUUAUCUCUCAUUGAUCAUUCUAGAAUCUCCCGAAAACCAAUUAUUAAUUUAUUUUUGUAUCUCUUAAAGUGAUAUUGCGGGCAUCUAACAGUUUAUAGCUGACUAUCGCAACCCUUGUUUAUUUUUGGUGUUUUCACUUCAUCUACACCUAUAUUUGUUAAUGCAACAUCAACAUACUAAAACAAUAUCCCGGAAAGAGAAAACUAAUGCAUUUGAAUAUCAACCGUACUUUCGUUUGACAACUGAUCACGCAUGUACAGUGUGAACCUAAAUUUAGUUUUAGUGCAGAUUCGUUUAUACGACACAAAGACACAAUUUUGUUUUACGGAUCAUUUCGGCUUAGACUGGGUGAGUCACGUAAGAAUAUCGAAUAUAAAAUAUAUUUUUAUAAACAACUGGUAGCAAGAUGAGUUGCAGAUAAUUGGUCAGUAACCACAUUUAAACUAACUCUUUUGACCUGUUAAUUCUUUUCAGCUCAGCAUUCUGUCAUCAUCCAAAAACAUGUUUCUCUUAAUAGAGAUAAACACAUAAUUUUCUUGCCUUUGGUUUCUUGUAUACCUAAUUUCUGCAGAAUAAUUGUUAUACGAAUUAGAAGUUUUCAAAUUACUACUUAAAGUAACAUAACUACUCAAAAUCAACGAAAAAUUCGUACAAUUUUUUGUAAAAUAAACUUAACAAAUAAAAAAUCAGUGUUCCUUAUGGCAAUUUCAGAAAUUUUACGCCAGAUGUGGUCUGGUAAAAUAGAUGUUUGAAGAUACAAAAUGCUCGUUUUCAUUAUUGUUUUGCAUAUCUAUUCAUACGACGCAUGAACACUAACAUGGUGUUCGUGUGUCGUAUGAAAAGAUAUAUUCGCGGGAAUUAAUCGGGCCACAAAUAAAUAAUCAAAGUACUGGCAGUACUGGUGUGACGAUGCUUUUGAAGAGGAUGGAUAUUAACCAUCAAUUUAAGUUUAUCUAUAUCACCACAAUUGUGUAUGUUGAUACAAACAUUUGGGUACGAUAAAAAAUUUGGGUACUAAAAUUUUGGGUACGAAAAAAAAUUUGGUACGAAAAAUAUUUGCGUACGAAACAUUUUUGGUACGAAAAAAAGUUUAGGGGGACGGGGAAGUAGUACCCGUGGGUAACUUGACCCAUUGAGCGAAACUGGGAGGCGGGUCACAUUCUUGUUCAUUAAGUAUGGCAAUACCUUCAUGAUGAUUCUCGAAAGUAGGUAUGAGCACAUAGCCGGACCAUGUGAGCUCAAUCGUAUGAGCACUUGACUAUCCGUGUUCGCCCACGAACAUAUGGAUUAACUAAUAGCGAAAUGACCUUAUACAUGUAUAUGCUGAAAUCUAACAAUCGAACGAAAUAUCAAACAUGGUAUGUACACUUUGGUGGUUGUGUAAUUUCUGUUAGAAUAUCGUAUUCAAUAUGUAAAUUUUAAAUGAUUGUGCCCGAACUUGAGUUUGUUGCCUUGUUUGAGUCAAUACGCGCCUAGGCUGCAACCAGUGUGUGUAUUUGUGUUUUUCCAAGGUAAUGAGUUACCACCGCGUUGAGGCUGCAUAAUGUUGGGACCUGAAGUAUGUCCAGCACUCCUACCUAAUAAGAUUAGAUUGACGACAGUUGGGACGAAUUUAGAAUGAUAGCUGCAAUUUCCAGCUAUUUGUUUUGUACUGAAAUACUUUGUAAUUUUUUAUAUGGUCAAAUGCUGCGGGGGGGGGGGGGAUGAGAUUAUCCGGAAAAAAACACCUGUCCGGAAUGGUGACCACAAAACAGACAAAAUAUAACAUUGCGCCGGGAGCGGGAAUCGAACCGGUGUCGUAAAGGUGAAAAAGCGAACGUCCUUACCACUGCGCUAGCGGGACGGACAAUUACACAAAGGAAUGUUGUUUUAUCCAUAUAUAUCAUAGCAGUGCAGCGUUUACAAUUUGCAGGUUCGAAAUUGUUCGCAUUCUUUAGUUUUGUGAUCACGUAAAAAGUUAAUUUUACAUGUUUUUAUUCGCAAUUUAUUUACUAAAUCGAGAACAAAUAUCAAACAAAAUAGAGAAAAUAUAUAUAGUUGUUUCAUUGGUCCAUAAAAAUAAAAUGGAUGUAAAAUUACUAAUUUGAAAUUAACGUUCUGAUACACUUAUUGAAUCUGUUUCCCCAGGAUAUGCUGUUCUAUUAAUAUUUACCUUUAUCACCACGAACGACAACUCUGCUAGGAGAAUGUUAUCAAUGAAAAUCAACGAGCAAUCUCCUACGCAGUGGCGAAUGCCAAGGGAAGUAACUGAAAAAUCGAGUUAUCUCAAUCGGACUAGCUCGGUCUUUUACAUAGGUCGCCAUUGUGAAGAUUUUUUUUACUGGUUAUCAAACCUUAGACGAUGCUGUUUCAGCAUCGUCAAAAACGAGCAUUUUGUACGUACAAAAAUCUAUGUAAUCAUAGCACAUCUAGCGUUGAAAUUUUUGCUUUUGCUAUAAGGAACAAUGAUUGUUAAGGUGUUAACUUUAUUUUACGAAAUACUUUACGAAAUUUUCGUUGGUUUUGAGCGUUAUAGAGACUUUAAAAUUUGAUAGUGAAAUACAAAUACAUGAUAGUGUUUAUGUUAUUUAUUUCACAUGCAAUUUUAUUUAAGGUUCGACUAUUCUUUAAACGACAUUUUGCACUUUUUAUUGUUAAAUGUUUAGGCAAAUCGUGUUAAAACGGACUAAAAUAUUCGAGAACAGAAUAAAAGAUACUCGAGGAGAAAUCGGUGCAGAUAAGCUCUUUGAGCCAUCUUUGCCCUGUUGUUUUAUACACUAUUAUUGAAAAUUUAGUCAGUCCCUUUGGAGCAUGUAUCAUUAAUAUGUGCAAUGUUUGAUUAUUCUUCACAAUAUUAUAUUCGUUCCGACUUAUUUACUUUUGAAAGAGUAUUUUUCUGAAAUCUUAUAGAUCUUUGUAUUGUCUUCAUUACUUUUUAUGCCCCCGGAUCGAAAGAUCGGGGGUAUAUUGUUUUUGGCCAGUCUGUCAUUGUAUGUGUGUGUGUGUCCCAAAACUUUAACCUUGGGCAUAACUUUUGCAAUAUUCAAGAUAGCAAUUUGAUAUUUGGCAUGCAUGUGUAUCUCAUGGAGCUGCACAUUUUGAGUGGUAAAAGGUUAAGGUCAAGGUCAUCCUUCAAGGUCAAACGUCAAAAAUUUUAACCAGAACUUUAACCUUCUUCGUAACUUUUGCAAUAUUGAAAACAGCAACUUAAAAAUUUGGCAUUCAUGUGUAUCUCAUGGAGCUGCACAUUUUGAGUGGUGAAAGGUCAAGGUCAUCCUUCAAGCUCAAAUUUAUUGCUUCAAAGCAGUGCAUUAGGGGGCAUUGUGUGUCUGACAAACACAUCUCUUGUUGUUUUUUUGUCUGUCGCAUUUUUACUUCACGCAUAUAGUUUUAGAUUUGUUUUUCUUUUUAGUUUUUAGCUCACCUGUCACGAAGUGACUUGGUGAGCUUAUGUGACCGUGUGAUGUCCGGCGUCCGUUGUGCGUGCAUGCGUGUGUCCGUCAACAAUUUGUUUGUGUAGACAGUAGAGCUCACAGUUUUCAUCCAAUCUUUAUGAAAUUUGGUCAGACUGUUUAUCUUGAUGAAAUCUGGGUUGGGAUUGUAUUUGGGUCAUCUGGGGUCAAAGACUAGGUCACUAGGUCAAAUAAUAGAAAAACCUUGUGUAGACAAUAGAGGUCGCAGUUUUCAUCCAAUCUUUGUAAAAUUUGGUCAGAAUGUAUAUCUUGAUGAAAUCUGGGUUGGGAUUGUAUUUGGGUCAUCUUGGGGUCAAAAACUAAGUCAUUAGGUCAAAUAAUAGAAAAACCUUGUGUAGACAACAGAGGUCACAGUUUUCAUCCAAUCUUUAUGCAAUUUGGUCAGAAUGUUUAUUUUGAUGAAAUCUGGGUUGGGAUUGUAUUUGGGUCAUCUGGGGUCAAAAACUAGAUCACUAGGUAAAAUAAUAGAAAAACCUUGUGUUGACAAUAGAGAUUACAGUUUUCACCAGAUCUUAAUGAAAUUUGGUCAGAAUGUUUAUCUUGAUGAAAUCUGGGUUGGGAUUGUAUUUGGGUCAUCUGGGGUCAAAAACUAUGUCACUAGGUCAAAUAAUAGAAAAACCUUGUGUAGACAAUAUAGGUUACAUUUUUCAUCAGAUCUAAAUGAAAUUUGGUCAGAAUGUUUAUCUUGAUGAAAUCUGGGUUGGGAUUUUAUUUGGGUCAUCUAGGGUCAAAAUCUAGAUCACUAGGUCAAAUAACAGAAAAACCUUGUGUGGAAAACAGAGGUCACAGUUUUCAUCCAAUCUUAAUGAAAUUUGGUCAGAAAGUUUAUAUUAAUGAAAUCUGGGUUAGGAUUGUAUUUAGGUCAUCUGGGGUCAAAAUCUAGGUCACUAGGUCAACUAAUAGAAAAACCUUGCUUAGACAAUAGAGGUCACAGUUUUCAUCAGAUGUUUAUGAAAUUUGGUCAGGAUGUUUAUCUUAAUAAUAUCAGAUUUUUUUGGAUCGUAUAUGGGUCACAUGGGGUGAAAAAUUAGGUCACCGGGCGAAUUCUAGUAACACCUUGUGGUGAUGAAAGAGGUCACUGAUUUCAUCAUGUCUUAAUGAAAUUUGUCAUAAUGUAUUAAUUAAUUAAAUCUGGCUUGGGAUUGUAUAUGGGUCUGAUAGAAUUUAAGUUGAUGUAGCAAGGUUAGUCAGGUGAGCGAUUCAGGGCCAUCAUGGCCCUCUUGUGGUUAUUUAUUUAGUUACUAUUUCAUUAUUAAAGCUUGUGUAACCUAUUUUUCUUCCUGAUGUAAAGAUGUGCGAUAAAAAUGUAUAUAUGUUGCUACCAUUUUUUAAUGGAUUGUUAAGAAAGGAUGUUUUUUUUUUAUAAAUUGACUACAUUGCUUGUAUAUCAUUAUUUUUAAAAUA